UUGUGCACUCGGGGAUUAGUCCUAAUAAGCUUCCCUCGUCUGCCUCACUCGACAUGUCUUGAGCACGAAUGCCGCCCGCCAUUUGGGCAAUUUUAUGCGGACUAUGGACAGGAUUCCUUACCUGCUAGUUAUAGUUUUGCUUCACGUCCAGGGGUAUGAAAGUUUUUCUCAAUGUUUGCGGGGGUGUAGCUGUAUAGAAGACCGUCAUGGCAGGUCUCUCAUAUGCAUGGAGGAGAAUGCAUUCGGGGCCAUACCGGAGAAUAUUCCUCAUGAUAUGACCAAAAUCCGAAUAGAAAAAUCCCAUUUCACCGAAAUCAAGCGCGGAGCUUUCUCCAGAACACCUGCCUUGGAGAACUUGUGGUUGAACUUCAACGACAUUACCCUGAUCAACUCUAAAGCUCUGGAAGGUUUGCGGAAUCUGACUGAGCUCCGUCUGCAAGGGAACAAGCUGCGCUCUGUGCCAUGGACGGCGUUCGAGGAUGCCCCGGGCCUGAAGAUCCUAGACCUGAAACACAAUCAACUGGAUGUCCUGCCGGAGCACGCGUUAAAAAAUUUGCCCGAUCUGACUUACUUAGACUUAUCCUUCAAUCGGCUUACGGUCAUAUCCAAGGAGGUCUUCCAAAACUGGCCCCUGUACCAAAAACUGCAGAACACGGAGGAGGGAGAGGCGAGCUCCUCUGGGCCGAACGUUGUCCUUGCGCUACACGACAACGCCUGGCUGUGCGACUGCCGGCUCAAGGGCUUCGUGGAGUUCAUCCGCUCCCUCAGCCCCCCGAUUAUUCUGAUGAACUCCUACUUGACCUGCUCCGGGCCGGACUUUAGGGCAGGCAAGUUCUUUCAUGAGGUCGAGCUCCAGGCCUGCGCCAAACCAGUGGUCACCACCCCGUCGGCCAAUGUCAGCUUGCCCCUGGGUGCCAACGUCACGCUGCGCUGCCUCGCCAAGGCCCGGCCAGACCCUGCGGUGUGGUGGACAUAUGGUCUGAAGAUAAUCAGAGGAUUUCAUGAGUCUCAGGAGAGAGUGGAUGAAGACACUAUCAGGUCCCUCUUGGUCAUCCCUUUGCUCCGUACGGCCGACCGCGGCGUCUACACCUGCAGUGCUGUCAAUUUCAUCGGAAACUCCUCAGCAAGCAUCCAGCUCGACAUUCUCUCUCCUGACGGCUACCAGUCACCAUCCCUUCCUGGUUUGCUGGCAGAAGACGAGAACGUUUAUAUCGACAUCCGCAUCGCCAAACAGACGGUGCGCGGCAUCUCCAUCGAGUGGUUCGCUGUCUUGGAUCACCCCGACCAAACGUGGUUCACCAUCCAUUUGGGCCGCGCCAACGGCGACAAGAAGGAGACCAUCUACAUCGGCCCUGGCAUCCGUUCGUACUCCGUAUCUGACCUAAUGCCUGCCACCAAAUACGAGAUCUGUGUGACGCUCAAGAACCGGACGCCACGCCCUGGCCAGUGCGUGGUUUUCGUCACAGGAAGCGACAUCACUGAAAUGGAGCAGCGAGAGAAGCUGAUCCACAUUGUGGUAAUCGUCCUCGCCAUGGUGUUGGCCGUACCCAUCGGCAUGUACGCCUGCACUACCGACACUAAGUUCUCCUGUCUGGAGGGCUUGAUGGCAUUUUGGAAGAAGCGGCGCGGAGAGAGGGGAUCGGGCGGCUUGGAACGCGAGAGGCAAGGCACCUUCGACAGCCUGCAGGCGGCCAGCGACGAGAGCCUGAUGCGGAAAGAGUCCAGUGAGGACAGGAAGGUGAGGCGGAGAUCAGAUGACAGGCCGAUUAAGGGCAAGGCCGACCCCAGCAGAAUCACUGCAGAACUUUACUAAACGGCAUCAAACACUUUGCAGCCAGCCAUUUUUUUCAGCAGUUUGUAAGUGUGAUGACAUGGUGUGAUACACUGCUGAUACUCUCUACUCUCUCUUCUGUUCUAGGGCGGGAGAUUUGUUGAAAAGGUGUGAUUGCUCACCUUUAUGGCAAGAUUGUUAGUCAAGGGAUUGCACCAGUGUAGAGAUAUACUUGAUUACAUUCUUUUGCUCUCGGAUUCAUGAUUCACAGUUUUUCCUGCCUUUGUGGAUGAAUUGGGCAAGAUAGCACAUUUACUGUUUCUACACGGAUUUUGUAAUAGCACGAAUAUAUACUGUAGAUAUAAUAUAUGUGUAUUCUUUCUGUUCAGUUGGAGUAAUUACUACAACUGCUGUUUAAUAGAAGAAACAACUCUAAGGCUAGGUUCAUACCACAGGUCUUAAUGCACGAAUCCGAUUUUUUUGUGUUUUUCCGACUCGAGUGACGGUCGAAACAGGAAAGUCGCAUAAAAGUGGACCAUUUCAAAUCCGAUCUAGGUCACUUUCGUAUGUAGUUAAAUUUGACCUUGGCCACAUUUUUCCAGAAUGUGGCUGCGGUCUGAACUGUCAAGUCCCCCAAAUCCGAAUCCAUGUAGCAAUAGCGUAUCGCACGCAGGCUAUUUUUAGACCAUGACGUCGCAUCGUAAAGCGGAAGAAGGACAUUAUAUACACGCUCUCGCAUGCAAACCAUUAUUUUUCGGCCUUCUUUCUCCGGUAAUCUUCAAAAACUCUCAAAAACUGACAUGCCGAUUAUUCGCUGCUACGAUGUAACUUGUAGAAACAACUCUAAACAUUACGACAUAUAUAGGAUGUUUUCUUCAUACUCUCCCGGAACCAAAAACUCGUAGGAAAAAAUGUGAAGACUGCAGCUACUAUGCUUCUAUGGCGCGGACGUCUAAACGACCAGUUUAACGCCAGCAAAGUGAAGCCGUUCACAUUUCAUAUGCAGUAAACAUUUUGUUUGGGCCAAGAGGUAAGCCAUUUCGAUAUUAUGACAUUUUUUUAGCGUAGCGUUUUGUCAUGCUGCUUCUCUCUGACAAUGCAUGACCUGAAAAAAACAUUUAAAGUGGUAUAUGACUGCCACCGUUGUUACCUUUUCUGUUCUAAAGAAACAACUUUAGUAAGGGGGAAGCGUAAAUAAAUUAAUAGAAUUAAUAUUUGUUAUUAAUGAAAAAAUGCAGUGUUCGUUGGCUGUCAACGAGUAGCAUUUGCGAUCGCUACACAUAACAGCAAUGUCCCCCAAAAGAAUGGUCGGAGACGUAAGACAACCAGAGGAUAUAAUGUAUAAGAAAGAUGGGGCUUAUGGUGGUAAAGGAUAGAUUGUUGGAACAGGAGAAUGUCAUUGUCAGUGGCGUAAGAAAAAAGUGUUGAUUAUAAAAAAGCUAAGGGUAAGCUUAGGUCGGCUCGUUUUUUUCCGUCUUUUUCAGCCGUCGACACUCAAGCCAUCUCUUUAACUGAACAUUUGUAUGUUCUUUCACAUCUUUACCAGUGAAUUUGGCACCAGGGACAUCAUUUUCGGACAGAAUUGGUAGGUUUAGCUCUGUAAACAUCUCGUUCGUACACUAUUCCCAUUCAUUUACUAUUAGGGACAAACAAGAGCUUGUCCCCCCUUAGCUAACAGCAGAGCCACAGAAGCUAACGUCAUAAAUAUUAACGAGCGGAAGUGACGUGUAGCGUGCAGUACCCCCAUUACGUCAGCAAAGAGCGAGAGAGAUAGGCCGCUACGGUAGCGAUGGGGCUGUGUAUUAGCGUUAGCGCCUAGCUUGAAUGCGGCUUUUAAAGAAGAGGCAGGCUUGACAACAGUCAUAAAGAAAUAAAAUCGGGGGUGGGAUAAGCCUGAGAAUGUUCGGUUUUCUCUCUGUGCUCAAAAUGAGCAAUAUUUCAAGAUAACUUACAGUCCGAGAGUCAGGGCAAACUGUCCGUGUGUGUGUGUUUGCGUCAUGCACGUACAGAGAGUGCAUGCUACCAAUCCAUGUAAACUUUGAAUAUAAGACUAAACGGGGAAUAUUUAUGUCUGUUAUUUGUGUUCUCUUUUUGGAAAUCAAAGUAUGAUCACCCUUGAAUGACGUUGAACCAGUAUAUGUAAUCAUUUAUUUUGAUGCUCCUGCACAUCCGGGUCAAUUUGCUCAGUGCAUCUCGGACUGCAAAUUAGUGCGCAUGCGUGAUACUUGAACGGGAUCAAUGGACAAAGGCAGUCUGAACAGGCACGCCAAAAAACAGUUAUGACAAAAAAUCGGAAUUGAGCAUUAAGACCUGCAGUAUGAACCUAGCCAAAUUUCGUACUUGCCUGUAUUCUGUAAAAACGUGUCGACAACAACUACUUGAAAAUCUUGUUUAACUAAUUGGCUACCAUUGACAGCGACAGACGUGCAGGCCUUUUGAGGGCUGGCAGCGAAUGGACAAAUCUUGGACAAAUGGCUUAGACGUUUAGUAGUGGCAAACUAAUUCAAAUUCACAGCAGAAGGAAGAAAAGAGCCACAUGAUUGGACGUCUUUCAUCAUCAUCAAUGGCACUGAAAGAGUUAAUGUAGUUGUUAUUAUAUAUAUAUAUAUAUAUAUAUAUAUAUAUAUAUAUAUAUAUAUAUACAUAUAUAUAUAUAUUUUUAGGCAACUGAAUAAGUCAGGUACAAAACUGAGCAGUAUUCAACGUUGUAAGAAUUGUUAGAAACACAGCUCUGUAUAUACAGUAUCUGUUGCUCGCUAACAAAAACUAUGUAUUUCCAAAUUAUGGGAUGACUUAUUUGUUCCCCAAAAGUUUCAAAACCCACAAUUUGGAGAAAUGUGCUUUUUGUUUUAAAGCGACUAUGUAUUUCAUUUCGGCCAGUUAUAUUAAAUGAACUUAUUUUAUUCAAAAGUGUAAAAAGUCGACAACAAUUGUCAUUAAAGAAGAUUUCAUUUGAUGAAUAUUUUUCUCCAAAUGUGUACUGUAAACUCACAUGCUAUGAAUGUAUAUUAUUCAUAAAUCACAGCAAGAAUUCUGGGCCAUGCUAUGAACAUGUCCCUCAGACAGUUUAUGACUACUAAAACACAAUGUUUUCCAUAAUUGAUCAUUCUUGUUCAACUCCCGUCUUUAAAAAAAGAAGGAAAUCUUGCGCAUAUUUGAAUAAAUAAUAUGCUCAUGUAAACCGUCUUUAUAGAGAGAUUAACAAACAGUACAAUUAAAAUUGUGUUUCUUAAAUCUCAUAGUGCAUGUAGAAAAUAGUAUGUUUUUCAUAAUGCACUUUGUCAGAUAAUCACAGUUAGGUCCUAAGUGUCCCAAAUGGUGUGUGUGUUCAGUCUAUGUGUGUGUACUGUAAAGUUUCAUCAGUUGAUCUGUAAUCCCCGCCUGCGUCACUGUACUUUUAUAAUACGUCACAGGCUGGACUCUUGCAAACAAACAGAAGCACGGCACAGUGGCAGCGGGCAUGCGCCGGACAUGAUCUGUGCCGAGGAAAGCCAGACAGAUGGCGCGUUGCAUAUGCACGCGCCAACAUUGUUCAUUUGACAUAAGAGCCAAACACAAACAUCCUCUGAAAUAUCUACAGCACGUUGUCUAGCCAGUUCUAUAAACACAUCUUUCCUGUUUGUUCACACUUGAUUCAUAAGGAAACAUAUUACACACCAGAAAAUGAAACAGAAAGGUACAGUAUCAUUAUAACAUGAUGAUAGAUAUCUGUGUAAAUGUGUUUUCUUUUACAAUCUUAAAUAUUUAUCAACACUCGAUCCCAAUAUUUUUUAAAAAAACUUUUAUACUCAAAGAGCAGCAUAUUAUUGCAUGUUGUUGCUGCCCCCUCCCUUUGGAAGUCACUCCCUAAACCCAUCCGCACCUGUUCACACAUUCCUAGAUUCAAAUAACUCCUAAAAACUCACCUUUUAAAUUGUCUUUUAAGUUAUAAUUAUUUGUUGUUUAUGGUUUUGUUCUCAUGUUGUUUGCUGCUUUUUUGUUUUAACUGUAAAGCGUCUUUGAGUAUCUGUAAAAGCGCUCUAUAAAUAAAAUGUAUUAUUAGGGCCCCAGCACCAAUUGAUGCGAGAGCCCUAUUGGAAUGCAAAGGAUUAUUAUCUCUUCUUCAUAGAAAAUGAAAAUGGUCAAUUUGAAGGCCUGAACAUCCUCGAAAAGUCACCAAAAUUUGCAUACACGCGGCUUUGCAUAAAUUUAGAUCAUUUUGCAACGUUGCAAAAAAAUGUAACAAAAUGGCUCAGUGGCUCCCCCUUGUAAUCAAAAAAAGUCCUCUCCAUUUAAAUUUUUUCAACGUAGAGCGAUGAAAUUUGGGGAGUCCAAAAAGUCUCUUCCACCCAACAGGAAAUCGGGUGUUUUGGAUUGAAUGUUAAAAAAAAAUUAAUUUUAGACGAUAAACAGCAUGCACGUUUGAGACCAUUGUGCAUAGGCAGUUAGUUGGAUCCUCCUCAAAAUUGGACAGUUCACGUGACAUAUGAGAUGUUAAGUUAUCAAAAUGGUGAGUUUUCAUUCAUGGGCCUGACCUGGGCGGGGUACCAAAGUCAGGCGUUUUUUGUGGCAACACACCAAAUUCAGUAAAUGACUAAUAACUUCCUGAUACAAGUUGCAAUAUUUUUCAUAUCUGGCAAGCAUGAGAGGUAUCCUGGCCUGAACACGACUGCAUUGAAAUAUUACCCAUUAGGCCUGGCACACCCUAGUGGGUACAGGAAAUACGCUUUUUUUUUUUUUUUACGAGAAAGGCUCCUCCUCCUUGGGAAAAAAAAACAACUGACCUCAAACCUGCAUCAGGGGAGCCUUAAGACAUGUGUUCAGGUAUCUAAUGAAAAAUGUUGAGUUUUCGAUGAAGCGGCGGGGUACAAACAGGAAAGUUAAAAGACCCUCGGCAUUUUGUCUCACAACAAAUUUUGUCAUAACUUGGCAGAUAUACAACAUAUAUGCGCCAAACUUGCUUGUUGAGUCUUACCCUGAAGGGUCCUGUGUGGAUUAUUUACGUCAACUCUGUAGCGCCAACUGGUGGCAACAGAAAGUAACUCAUUUUACUUAUACAUGUCCAGUUCUUUUGUAGUUUGAAGACUUUUUGUAAUACUACAUUUUAAGGCCAAUGUCCACAUUUCUGUCUGUUGCCAUGACCAUCCUUUGUUCGCAUUAAGAGGAAGUGUAUUUUUUCAGGGAUUUAGGCAGCUUACAGAGCCAUAGAAUUUGGCACACUUUGUCGAAUUGGCCCAAUUAAAACCGAGUUUGCGUGAUGUUCGAGUUGCGCCAAAUUGUGAGCGCUAGGGCCCGUUCAGUCCUGCAUGCAGGGCUAGUUAUUAUUAUUACUUACAUUGUAGCUAGUCUCCCAUUUGACAGUAAAAAUGACUUCACCAGUGAUCUAAGAGUAAGGGAAUGGAAUGUUUUUAUUUUGGUUCCAUUGAUAGCUAUAUAUGUCCAACCCAUUCGAACUUGGAGGUUUAAAUGGAUUGGAUGUCUACUAGUGACAAAAUUAUUCGAAUUCACAGCACAAGAACAAAAAGAGCCACCUAACUGGAUGUCUUUGAUCGUCAAUGGCCCAAAAAGAGUCAAUAUGAAACAUGACGUUACAGAGUGAAAAUGUUCACCUUUAAAAUGCAAAACUCAUGUUAUAACUAGGGCUGUCAAACGAUUGACAUUUUUAAUGGAGUUAAUUACAGCUUAAAACUUAAUUAAUCGUAAUUAAUCGCAAUUCAAACCAUCUAUAAAAUAUGCCAUAUUUUUCUGCAAAUUAUUGUUGGAAUGGAAAGAUAAGACACAAGAUGGAUAUAUACAAUCAACAUACGGUACAUAAGUACUGUAUUUAUUAUAACAUUAAAUCAACAAGAUGGCAUUAACAUUAUUAACAUUCUGUUAAAGCGAUCCAUGGAUAGAAACACUUGCAGUUCUUAAAAGAUAAAUGUUAGUACAAGCUAUAGAAAUUUUAUAAUAAAACCCCUCUUAAUGUUUUCGUUUUGAUAACAUUUGUAAAAUUUUCAAUCAAAAAAUAAACUAGUAGCCCACCAUUGUUGAUGUCAAUAAUUACACAAUGCUCAUGGGUGAAACCAAUAAAAUCAGUCGCACCCAAGCGCCAGCAGAGGGCGACAAAACUCCAAAAAACACAAGAAACAAGUGGCCAUUGCACUGUGCUGUCAUUUUAAUCUGUUUGAGCGGGGCAUGUGCGUUAAUUGCGUCAAAUAUUUUAACAUGAUUAAUUAAAAAGAUUAAUUACCGCCCGUUAACGCAAUAAUUUUGACAGCUCUAGUUACACCCUUUAAUCCAUUACAGUAAAAUGUGAAACUUGAUAAAACAUUAAACUUGUUAAUAUGUGAAACUUGUCAAGUUAACUGAUUGAUAUAUUGUACAUUAUUUGGCAUUGCAGUUUUCACGUUGUAGUGGAUGAGAUUUAGAAGAUAUUUACACUUUGAAGGACUCUGUGGUGCAUUUUUCAGUUUUCUGUAUUUUUCUGACUUUUUUUUUUUUUUUUACCACAUUAUGUACAAAAAAACAAAAAACAAAAACAAAAACAACCCCCCCCACACACACACAAUAAACAAUAAAGGACACAUAUUCCCCCGUGAAGCUUCCCUCCUGAUUUUUUUGAUACUAUAUUGACAGUUUGAAAAAUACAAACUCACACUUGGGGUCCUUACUCUUUAAUAGUUUUUUUAUCUCAACAUUAUUUUACAACUGCUUACAGAGUACUUUUGCCACCGAUCACAAGUGACCCUAUUUUCUCGAACUGAAAAUAUGAUGAACUCUGAAACCUGUCUUUAGUUUGUGCGUUUCCAGCUUCAGUGCUUUUUGCAACUUCCCACUGUGUAAUCCUGUACACAGCAGUAAUCCUGGCUGCCUCCUACAUGGCAUAAUGCACGCUCAUUUGGGAUGCUUCGCGUAUUAUUCCCUGUCCAUUUCUCUUUUAAUAGCCAUUGAAUGUGUGUCAUGAUUUAAAUGCAUUUUUUUGGUUUGUUUUAUGUACUUAGGGUGGGCGUGGUUGAGUUCACCUUUUACUUUGGGACCACGUUGCCUGAUUUUAAAGGCACAAUAAAGUUGAUGACGCACAUCUUGAGAACCUAACUAGAGAAGGGCAGAAGGAUCUCUGGUUUGUGGCCAAUGCAGCAAUAUUGCAGAAAGAUGAACAAGUUGGCCCUUGGAUUAGCGAGGGUAAUCUGCGCAUUCCGUGUUUUAUGUAAUUUGGAAAAUACGCCACUGCAGCAUGUUUGGCUCUGAAAUGCUCAGAGGGCGCUUUGAGUGUAACUUGGUAAUUGGUAUUGCUCACGCUGGUGCUGCACCAAAGGAGAUUGUGCGGGAGUCAAAUGUGACUUAUUUGUAGAACAUCUGCUCAAAAAAAAGAAAAAAAAAAAAAAAGAAAUACAGUAAAACAUCAUCAAAUACUGUUGUAUAACUCCACCUCUACUGAGAAACAUAUUUCUAUGCUUCUGCUUAAGUCCUUCUUUUGGUUACUUUUGCAGGAAUACGGAUUCAAUUCAUGUAUCACAGUAAUUUUUUUCUUUUUAAAAUUAUUCUUACAGGAACAAAAAACAAUUUAAUCAAGUCAUGUACAAAAGAGGCAGUACAAGUACAAAAGUUUAUAAGGCUGAAAUAUAGGACACAAUUUUUAAGUACUUUGUAAAACUUUUUUUUCUAAAUGUCAAAAGAAGUUAAUUAAAAAUUUACUCUCACUUGUUUCAAAUGCUACACAAAUUGAAACAUUACAAAAUUUCAUAUUUUUUUCUAGACUUCGAAUUUUAUAGCAUCUAAGUUGAACAUUAAAUUUUUUUGUACCAGCAAUUUUGUUGCUCUGAAAAAAAAAAAAAAAAUCUAUUACAAUAUUAUCCAUUCAUUUCUACUCUGUUCAUCCAUUUUUUCCAGACACGAAUGGUUUUGGGGGGACAGAGAAAAAGGAAGAACACAGUCGAGAAAAAGAACAAACAACAACAAAAAAUAUGCCAUUAAGCACCUAUGCUACCUAAGAACAUAGUGGGGCUAUCGUACUCUAAUUAUAUUUACCCGUGGACACCAUGUGGGUGUGUCUGUGGGGGGUGUUCAUCUAUUUUAUUCUAUAGGUUUCCUUUGAGUGACAAAAAAAUAUACAUUAUUAUAUUAUUAAUAUUACAGUACUAUUAUUAUUAUUAUCAUACAUAGAAAGGCUACUUUUUUCUGAAAAACUAAGACUUCCUUGAAAACUGACAUUAAUAAUAACAACAAUAUAAAAUGUAAAAAAUAAAAAUAAAAAAAAAACAUUGUAAAUGUAAAUUAUUGUAAUUAAAUGCUGCUAUUUAAAAAAAAGUUUUAAUGUAAAACCUGUUAAAGCCAUCAGACUCAAAUGUUAAUACAACUAAAUAUGAAAAAAAAAAAAAAAAAAAAAAUCAAAUUUAAAGUGAAAGCAAUGUAAAGAACAUUUGAUUGCAAGGGCGUAAGUUUACAUAAGGAUGGUAGGGCUAUAACACAACCAACUUUUCAGGAUGCUCAAAUUGUCUCCACCAACUUUUAAGCAACCUUAUUUGAAUUAUAUAAUGAGUUGUUAUUUUAGUAAUUUAUAUUUUCUUCCCAUAUGUUAUAAGGCUAGAAUAGAUCCUACCAUUACUAAGUUAAAUAUUUUCAUUAUCUUCAGACUUACUGUAGAUUUACCCCUUUUCACUUGCUGAAUGUGCCGGUCCAUUGUUUUCCCCGAAACGCAUGUUUGAUUGUCUGAUGACUUGACACCCCCCUCCGCCACACAGAUGCACACUCACACCCACACUGCCCCACUGACAACCAGACAGGAAUAAAACAUGCCGCCGCCUCCUCAAAAGAAGAGGGAUAUUAGUUUUUUUGGGUUUUUUUUCAAAGCAGCAUCAGCAGCAGCCACUGUAAGUAAUGUAAAAAGAAAUCAAUGUCGUGGAGGUGGGGGAAGCACCACUAAUUUUGCUGCUGAAAGUCCGACCUGUAUCAGAGUUAGCAUAGCUUUAAACUUGCUGGCCUGCAAAACUACUGCGGUGAGACCAGGCUCCACAAGGAAUAAAGAAGUCAAGCUAGCCGUAACCUCAUUUAGAUCAUUGUUUGACUUAUGUGUAUUAUGGUAAUGCAACCCGGUGGCUUCAGCAUGGAAGUCCCUUUAUUGAAAAAAAGAAAAAAAAAAAUUAUAUGAACAUGAACUGACAUGGAAAAAAAAUCUGUGGAAUGAAAUUACACAUCAGAAUUGGUUCGAGUCUUGGGGUUGUCUAGGAUGGCUCAGAUGUAGAUCGGUCCUUGGAUAUUUCAGAUUUUUUUCCCCUUCUUUUUUUUUUUUCCAAAUCACUUUUAUACUUGAAUACUUUAGUAUGAGUCUACUCAGUCUAGGGAUACUCCAGUGGCCCACCAAAAGUUUGUGUGUGUGUGUGUGUGUAUACAGAGUUUGUUAUUGUCCAUUAGUAUGUUUCUGAAUGAGAACACUGUAAAAUACUACAACUCACACUUCUGCUCAUCUGAUAAUUUUUCUCAUGAUUGUCUAGAUGUAAGCAGGCUCCUGACUAUAAGCUUUUAGUAGCUUCUUAAGGAGACCUGACUCACACAUAAUCUCAGCACUA